AUGUCCCAACCUUAUUCUUAUUGUUCAUUGUCCUCUUCAGAACUCCUCUCAAACCAUCUAGUGGUAUCUCAUCCGGUGUGUUCACUAAAUGCUCUCAUAUCUUAUAUACAUUCCCUUCCUACUUCUUCUUUGUACUACUACUCAACCCACAAAUCCAAAUGUCAUUUCCUACGCGAAUUGUAUAGACAAAAUCAUCGUGAUCACAAGAACUUUACUAUGGAUGAACUACGAUCGUCCCCCAAGCGACCUAGCAUGUUCACCAAGAGUAUGAAGAAGCUCACAAAGUCAGCUUCGAUACUUAAUUUCAACAACGUGGUGUCGAAUGAGGAAAAAUCUAAUAGUGAUAAAUUCCAGGCCAUAGAGUAUGACUCCAUAUCCCAACCAACCAAGGAACCUAUACAUGUAAUGCAUCUUCCUGAUAAGUUCGAAGGAAACCCCCAAAGAAAGUUCUCCAGUGGUUCCAUGUCAUCUAAUGAGAAAAUUUAUAAUGUUCAAAGUCCACUAUACGAUCAUAGGAAUAAUAGUGUUACCAGUAGUUCAGUAAUAAGUCUACACCUGUUAGACCCCAAGAGAAAUGUCAGCACUGAGUCUGGUUUGGCUCAAGUAGGAUUGAAUUUGGCGGGCUAUGGAUUAUCCAAUGAUGAUUUAACAUUCAUGCCACCUAGAAAUAUCAAGGUAUCAAGGAAUCCCAGUUAUAAAUCCCAAAUCAAGGUUGAUACUAAGGACGAUAGACCUUCAAUAAGUCCUAAAAUACGGAAUACUUCCCACCCCAGUCCAUCUUUAAAGGUCAGUUCAGGUAACUUCCUCCAAUCGUUCAAUAAUUUUGCAUCCAAUAUAAAUCAAAUGCCUCCACCAAUAAUUGUGGACCAGCUAUUUGAACGACUCCUCAGUAUAAGAGCUUUUUCAGACAAGGCAGUCCAGAAGUUAAGAAACCAGUCGACCAAGCGAAAGUGGGAACUUCUUUUGAGAGAAAGUGAGACCAAUAUUGACUUUGAUUUGAAGACCAUGCUUCAUAGAACCAUGACUCAGAAUAGUCAGCAUAGUGAUGAGAAGAGUUUUGGAAGGAGUAGUGGUAGGAGGUCUGACGAAAGAAGGUCUGACGAAAGAAACGAAGAAAGAAACGACGACGUUCCAGAAACUUAUUCUCCCUUAUCUUCUGCUAAUGUUAACAUCCCCAAACUAAAAAAGAAACCAAAAGAUGGUAGCCCUGAAUGGUAUGUACAUAGAAUUUUAAGUGGGAAACUUAACUCUAAGGAUUAUAAGAAGUUGGAUAAGAAAUUGUCAGUUACAGAUAAAACUCAUGACAGCAAGCAGUGGUCAUUGGCGUUCAUCAAUUCUCAAGGUGAAGCUGCAUUGUCGGUGAUUCUCUCCCGAAUCAACAAGAAGAGUAUUAAGUCGAAUGAAGAAUUCGAUAGGGAAUAUCUCAUCAUCAAAUGUUUGAAACAUAUUGUCAGUCAACUGUUCAAUGGAUUUUUCGAAGAAUACGAAGACAAGGGAGAGAAUGAAUCUUUCAUUUAUAGUGGGUACACUAACAAAUUGCAUAUCAUCAAGUCCAUCACUCAUUCAUUGAUAUCUCCUAGAUUGGCUACUCGUAUUCUUGUCACAGAAGUGUUGAUAUUUUUGUCCUACAAUCGAGAUCCUGAGUCCUUAUCUUUGAUCUUAGAAAGCAUGCAAGCUUUACAAGAUCAUAUGGGAGAGUAUGUCAGGUUCCAACCAUGGUUGAACUCUUUUGAGUCUUUCCUUGAUAAGUAUUUCAUAGGAGAUUAUGCAUCAAAAGUCGAAUACAGUGGAAGUUUGAAGAAUUAUUGUCUAACCACCUUAUUAUUGGUGAACUCCUUAAUUGAUAAAGCUAAACUGAUCAAACUCAGAAUCAAUAUUCGUAGAGAAUUGGGAGAUUCCAGAAUCGAUAAGAUCUUUGAUAAGUUAAGAGUCAUUAAUGAUGAAAGAAUUGAUGAAGAAAUAGAGAAAUACGAAAGUUUUGGAGAAGAUGAUUAUCAUGCAUUCUUUGGUAUUGACAAUGAGAGUGUCGAUAGCUUGGAGGAUAAAAAUCUCGAUAGUUUAUUCACUCAGUUGAAACAACAGUAUUCUGAUGAAACUGAGUUGAAAGGAUUGUUACAGAAACUCGUAAACAAUCCUCCUGAAGAACAUAAGCUUACUAACAAUCAAGAGUAUCAGAAAUUGUCGUUAGAGAAUAAUGACUUGCAAGAGCAGAAUAAGUCAUUGAAGAAACAGUUGAGCAAGAUGAAGAUGGAUUCUUCUAAAACUUUGUAUGAUGAAGAUUUGGAAUUCUUGAAAGGUGAAAAUCUACUUAGUGCUGAUAAGAUUGUUGAACAAGAGAAGACUAUCAAUGAGUUGAAACAUCAACUUUCUUUAUUGAAUGAGACGAAAGAGGAACCCAGAACAAAACCUAUUAGGGUUUCUAUGGGUAAUAAUGUGAUGAUAAAUGAACUAAGAAAGAAAUUGAAAGGUAGUGAACUGAAUCCUAUAGUUAUAAAUGAUCAAGAGGAGAGCAAGACCCGUGAGGCUGAAGCUUAUCAGACUGGAGGUAUUGUAGUAGAGUUGCGGGAUGUGAACGGCAAGUUUAGUAGUCCUAGGCCUCCUACUCCACCACCGGUUUUUCCCAAAUUUGAUGACUUUGACUUCAAUCCUGCUAAUUCACAAACCGAAUCGAACUCAUUACCUUCAAGUACUGCAGCUGUGGAUUUACCACCUCCACCACCUCCACCACCAAUUCCUGCUUUCUUGAAGAAUGCUUCAAAUGCUUCACUUCCACCUCCACCGCCUCCACCUGUUCCUCCAUUUUUGGAAAAACUUGCAACUUCCAACCCAAAUCCUGGCCCUCCUCCUCCGCCACCUCCAAUACCAGAAUUUUUGGAAAAACUAUCAUCCCAGUCUGGACCAUCUCCACCUCCACCUCCACCAAUACCGGAUUUCCUACAAAGCAUAUCAAAAUCUGAUUCAACUCCUGGGGCUCCUCCCCCUCCUGGGGCUCCUCCCCCUCUUGGGGCUCCUCCACCGCCACCUCCAGUGCCUGCAUUUUUGGAAAAACUUUCAGGGUCUGCUUCACCAAUCCCCCCUCCACCUCCCCCUCCU